AUAUAUGUGUGUGUGUGUGUGUGUGUGUGUGUGUGACGUGUGAUACACGCGUGUAAUCGUGUAGUGGCUCUGGCCGCUCGCUCCUGACCUGUUCUACCCGAUUCAGGUGCCAAAAGCCUGGACCGAUCGCUACGAUGACUACGAGGGAGCUUUACGUUAAGGGUGGCAGAGUAUGGGUGCCGCAUCCGGAAAGGGUAUGGGAAGGCGCCGUGCUGCUGGAGAACUACAACAAGCAGGCGCAGCCGAUUCUGAAGGUACUGACGGAUGAGUCGAAUGAAACGAGAACGCUGGAGAUCCGAUCGGACGCUGAUCUGCCGCCGCUCCGAAAUCCCGAUAUCCUGAUAGGCGAGAACAAUCUCACGUCAUUGUCGUUUCUUCACGAACCCGCUGUCCUCUACAAUCUCCAGGUUCGCUUUCAACGGCACUCCAUUUACACCUACUGCGGCAUCGUACUGGUGGCCUUUAACCCGUACAACGAAUUACCCAUCUACGGCAAUGACACGAUAUGGGCCUACAGGGGCCAGGCGAUGGGCGACCUGGAACCCCACAUAUUCGCGGUGGCGGAGGAAGCCUAUACGAAAUUGGAGAGAGAGAACCACGAUCAGUCCAUCAUCGUUUCCGGCGAGUCCGGCGCUGGAAAGACCGUCUCGGCAAAGUAUACCAUGCGGUAUUUCGCGACCGUCGGCGGUUCGGCAACGGAGACGCAGGUCGAGAAGAAGGUGCUGGCCUCGUCGCCCAUCAUGGAGGCGAUCGGUAACGCAAAGACCACCAGAAACGACAAUUCCUCCAGAUUCGGCAAGUUCAUCGAGAUCCAGUUCAACAGGAACUAUCACAUCACCGGCGCCAGCAUGAGGACCUAUCUGCUGGAGAAGUCGCGGGUGGUGUUUCAAGCGAACGAGGAACGAAAUUAUCACAUAUUCUAUCAGAUGUGCUCGGCGGCGCGACGCCUACCUCAUCUGCAUCUGUCCGUUCAGGAGCGAUUCCACUACCUCAAUCAGGGCAACAACCCCAGGAUCGAGGGCGUGGACGACCUCGCGCGCUUCGACGAAACGAUCACGGCGCUGACGACGCUCGGUUUCACGUCCAGGCAGCAGGACGACAUGCUGCGCAUACUGGCCGCCGUACUGCACCUGGGCAACGUCGAGAUAGGCAGCCGCGAGACCAAAGGAGACACGGAGGUGGACGAGGUGGACACCGAGUCGUGCUACAUCUCGUCGUCGGACCGGCACCUGCUCACCAUCACCGAGCUACUGGGCCUCGACGUGGGCGCGAUGCGAAAGUGGCUGUGCCAUCGCAAGAUCGUCUCGACCAGGGAGGUCUUCCUCAAGCCGAUGAACGCUCAGCAAGCGAUCGGCGCGCGGGACGCCCUGGCCAAGCAUAUCUACGCCGAGCUCUUCAAUUGGAUCGUGGCCGGCAUCAACGGGUCGCUGCAGUCGCUGCAGACGAGCCAGGCGCACUUUAUCGGUGUGCUGGACAUCUACGGCUUCGAGACGUUCGACGUCAACUCGUUCGAGCAGUUCUGCAUCAAUUAUGCGAACGAGAAGCUGCAGCAGCAAUUCAAUCAGCACGUCUUCAAGCUGGAGCAGGAGGAGUACUUGAAGGAGGACAUCGAGUGGACCUUCAUCGACUUUUACGACAAUCAGCCGUGCAUCGACCUGAUCGAGACCAAGCUCGGGAUCCUGGACCUCCUCGACGAGGAGUGCCGGAUGCCGAAGGGCUCGGACGCCUCCUGGGCGGAGAAGCUGUACGCAAAGUGCGGCAAGUCGAAGCACUUCGAGAGACCGCGCUUCGGCGCCACCGCCUUCCUCAUCCACCACUUCGCCGAUCUCGUGCGCUACGAGAGCGUCGGCUUCCUCGAGAAGAAUCGCGACACCGUGAUCGAGGAGCAGGUGGACGUGCUCAGGGCCGGCGAGAACAAGCUGUUGAGGAAGCUGUUCAGCGACGACGGCCCGAAGCUGGUGGUGCCAACGCCGCUGGGCCACCAGCGUGUGAAGGUGUCGACGGCGGCCCCGUCGAGGUGCGCGCCGACCACCGGCGAGCACGGCGGCAGGCAAAGCAAGCAAAACAGAAGGACAGUCGGCUCGCAGUUCCGCGACUCGCUCAACAUGCUGAUGGCCACGCUCAACGCCACGACGCCGCACUACGUGCGCUGCAUCAAGCCGAACGACGCGAAGGAGGCCUUCGAGUACAGUCCGGUGCGAGCGGUGCAGCAGCUGCGAGCGUGCGGUGUGCUCGAGACCAUCAGGAUCUCCGCCGCGGGCUUCCCCAGCCAGAGAACGUACGGCGACUUCUUCCAGAGGUACCGCUGCCUCUGCCGAUUCAAGGAGAUACGGCGGGACGACCUGAGGGAGACCUGUCGUCGCAUCCUCGCUAGGUACAUCAAGGACGAGGACAAGUUCAAAUUCGGCAAGACCAAGGUGCUCUUCAGAGCCGGACAAGUGGCGUACUUGGAGAAGCUGCGAGCGGAGAAGCAGAGGGACGCCUGCGUGACGAUGCAGAAGACCGUGCGCGGUCUCAUCUGUCGCAGGAGAUACGGAAAGAUCCGCAAGUCGGUCCUCGGCCUGCAGAGAUACGGCAGGGGUUGCAUAGCCCGACGGUGGGCCGAGGCAGUGAGGAGAGAGAGGGCCGCCGUCAGGAUCCAGGCGCGCGUUAAGGGCUGGCUGCACAGGCGAUGGUAUCUGCGGGCCAAACAGACGAUUCUCGCCAUUCAGACGCGCGGCAGGGCCUGCAUGGCUCGCGCACGCUACAGGAUCAUGAAGGACCACGCCGCCGCGACGGUGAUCCAGAGGUUCGCCCGCGGAUACCUCGUGAGAAUGGAGUGCAGGAAGCGGCUCAGGGACAUUGUCGUCGUGCAGUCGUUCGUCAGGAAGUACCAGGCGAAGAAGCUGUUCAGGCGGCUGAAAGCCGAGGCGAGGAGCGUCGAGCACGUCAAGUCGCUCAACAAGGGACUGGAGAUGAAGAUUAUCACGUUGCAGCAAAAGAUUGACGAAUUGGUGAAGGAGAAUCAUCUCUUGAAGAACGUCCAACACGAGAUGGUGGACCUCAGGUGCAAGCUGGACCUCUUGAAAUCCGUCGACGUCGAGAAUAAGAAGCUGAACGGAAUGGUGCAGGAGAAGGAGAGAGAGCUGAGCAAGACACGAGAUGUCUUGCAGCGGGCGACAGACGAGAAGAUGGAUCUGCUGCAGGACAAGGAGAGGACCGUUCGACAGAAGGACGAGGAGAACAAGAAGCUGCGGGAGGACAAUGAGAGGCUGCGCAAGGAGCUCUCGUUGGCGAGCGAGAAACUCAAGAGCAACCAGCGCGGCGCCGAGGAGAAUCUCAAGUACCGGCUCGAGCAGGAGAAAGAUCUGCUGCUGCUCGAGCAGGAUCAGGAUCGCGGGGCCUAUCAGAGAUUGCUCAAGGACUACCACGAUUUGGAGCAGCACGCGGAGAUGCUGGAGCAGAAGCUGGCGGUGCAUGCGCCUGGGCACUCGCGCUCUUUGAGCAACGCUUCCAGCAGCAGCGGCCAGAUCGUAUCGCAGACGGAACUGCCGCAAGAUGAUCAGAACAUUGAUUUCGGCUACGGUUCCGUAAGAUCCACGGCUUCCUCGUCGACACCGUACUCCCGAGUGGAAACCAUCGACUGGAAUCAGCAACGAUCGGACAGUCCGCCGGACGGAGAGGUCCAAUCGAACAGAUCACCGUCGACGAUGGAAACGAAUGACGGCGCCUUGCAUGCGCCCGUCGACAUCGGUCUCGUUCUCAAGCUGCAACAGAAACUGAAGGACGUGGAGAAGGAGAAGAGCAGACUGAUCAGAAUGGUCGAGGAUCUGGAACGUGACGGUUGCGAGGAGUCCAGCAGAACGCAGGAUUCGUUCAGGCUUCAAGAACUGGAAAUGGAGAAUGCGCAGCUUAAGAAAAACUUGACCUCACUGCGGAAGACCGUGUCGUCGUCGGCCAGCCCGGCGUCCGCGCAACAAAAUCUUAUGACGCAAUUCGAAGCGCUGCAAGAAGAACUGGAAAGAAGAAGAGAGGAAUGCAUUCAACUGCAUAGCGUGCUAGCCGACCAUACGCGCAGGAUGAAGAGCUUAGGUGCCAAUUACGGACGCGACGUGGACAUAAUAAACGAGGACGGCGAGCUGGUGCUUGCUUUUGAGGCGCAAAAGAAGAUCAACAGUAAACUUAAGACAAACCAAAAGGCAUCGACAGGAGAACAACUGGAGGAUGAGCUGCAAGCUAAGGAAAAAGGUUGGAGAUCGCAGAGGGACGAGUGGAGAAACGAGAUAGACAGGUUACAAGAGGAGAUAGAGAGGCAGCAGAAGCUGCUUUCCAUUAAUCUGAGCAAGUCGCCGCAAACUCAAACGGAACUUUACAUGCAACACGAGGUUGCCAGGCUAACGUCCGAAAAUCUGGAUCUUCAAGAGAAGUACGAUAAAGUGGCGGAAGAAUGUCGACGCUACAAGAAGCAAUGCAGAAUUCUAGCGAAACGGCUCAAGGAUGCCGGCUGCGAGGGAGACGACGUGAAGGAACGUCCGUACGUGUUGAGAAGCACCGUGCCCAACGCGGUAGAAUGCACGAGCGGUCCCAGCGCCGUUUCUGCUACUUACGGCGACAGUGCGAGUAACAUGCCAGUCAUUCGGAAGAAGGAGAGAGAUUACGAGGGAAUGUUCGAGUUCCGGAAGGAAGACAUCAACGUGAUAAUACGUCAUCUGGUGAUCGACUUGAAGCCUCGUAUUGCGGUAACGUUGCUGCCGGGUCUACCGGCUUACAUCCUUUUCAUGUGCAUCAGACAUACGGACUGCGUCAACGACGACGACAAGGUCCGGUCAUUGUUGACCGAGUACCUGAGCGCGGUAAAGCGCGUGCUGAAGAAACGCGACGACUUCGACACCAGGGUACUCUGGCUGAGCAAUACCCUGCGGCUGUUGCACAACAUGAAACAAUAUUCCGGCGACAAGCCGUUCCAGAUCGAAAACACGCCCAGACAGAACGAUCAAUGCCUGAGGAAUUUCGAUCUUAGCGAGUAUCGCGUAGUGCUGAGCAACGUGGCGCUCUGGGCCUUCAACAACAUUGUGACAAGUCUCAAAGAGAGAAUACAAGCUCUGACGGUACCGGCGUUGCUAGAACACGAAGCUAUAUCCGUUCCCCAGUCCGACAAAGCAGGCCGACCCAGGUCAUCGUCGAUGGGCGGUGAACCGGAUUCUACGCAGCAGAAAUUGGACAAGCUGCUCGACGAGUUGACGUCGGUGCACAAAACGCUGCAAUAUCACGGCGUGGACCCCGAGAUUGUGGUGCAACUGUUCAAGCAACUCUUUUACUUUAUGUGCGCGAGCGCUCUCAAUAAUCUACUGCUGAGGAACGAGCUCUGUCGAUGGACAAAGGGCAUGCAGAUAAGGUACAAUAUGAGUCAUUUGGAGCAAUGGGGCAGGGACCGACGAUUGGAAGCGGCAUCGGAAGCAUUGCAGCCCAUCAUACAGGCGUCGCAGCUUCUACAGGCGCGCAAGACGAACGAGGACGUCAAUUCUGUCUGCGAGAUGUGCAACAAACUGACGGCCAACCAAAUAGUUAAGAUCUUGAAUCUAUACACGCCCGCGGACGAUUACGAGAGCCGAGUUCCUGUCUCGUUUAUCAAGAAAGUACAGGACAAACUGAAGGAGCGUGGCGAGAACAACGAGCAACUUUUGAUGGAUCUAAAAUUCUCCUAUCCUGUGAGAUUCCCAUUCAAUCCAUCGGACAUUCGACUGGAGGAUAUCGAAAUACCCGAGGUGCUUCAUUUACCCAUGCUCAAGAAGGUGUAGCAAAAUUCCAAUUCCACCGUACUGUCUUUAUUAGCCGAAAACUUUACUUUGAUUGCGUUAUUCGUGGAUAUCCAAACACGCGCUUAGUCCUCUCAUUCUUAAAGUAAAGAGAGAAAACGUGGAGGUAUCGAUCAUCAUUUGGCAAAGUUAGAUUUAGUAAACGCAUCGAGGGAUAUAUAUGACAUUUUAUACGUUUCUUUUUUACUCGGGUGAUUUGUAGUUUACAUACAAAUAUCUCCCAAGUAUCACGCUCACGCGAGUCCAGUUGAUUCGGUUGCAUAGACAAUUGAAUGGUCGAGAUGAUUGAGAAAGAGCAUAUAACCCGUUAGUUUGUAACGUUGUACGUUGAAACGCGCGAUAGAGACAGGAGAGAGAGAG